AUGAACUUUAUGUACCUACCAGAACACAAACAAUCCGACGACCACAUUCCCCGUUAUCUUGUGGCAGUGGCAACGGGCCCAAUUGUGGAAGACGGCAUACGUUCACUCUCCAAAUACAAUGUGUUCCAAACUGAAAGAGGAUUAAAGCACAUAAGCACUGAAUACACUCAUGUAUCCGAACUUAAGUCUGGAGAUCUACUCAUCAAAACAAAUAACCUAAAAGCGGCUGAAAAACGCAUGAAAGCCACCCACAUCGGAGUAAUCCCCGUCAAAAUCACAUCGCACAAAACACUCAAUACCAUUCAAGGAAGAGUAUAUUCGAGGAAUAUAAUCACCCUAACGGAAGCAGAAUUGGUGGAAGGUUUGGCUAAACAAAAAGUCGUCGAGGUGAAGAAGAUUAUGAAGAAAGUCGAGGACAAACUAGUUCCAACUGGCGCCGCAGUGAUAACUUUCGAUCUAAUACGCAGACCUGCCACACUCAUGCUAGGUUGGGAAAGAGUUCGCGUGCAGGAACACAUUCCAAAUCCCAUGAGAUGCCAAAUGUGUCAAAAGCUAGGGCACCCGAAAAAAUGGUGCAAAGGCGUAGAACUAUACAAAGAAUGCGCAGAACCACCACCACAUGAAACUUGUCAGAAAAAAUUCUGUGUGAACUGUAACAAUGACAGGCACGCCUCCAGCGAUCCCGCAUGGACAAGCAUGGAAAUUAUUCAAUACAAACCUAUCAGCCUACGAAAUAGCACCGUUUCAAAAACCAACAACAGCACAAAUAGUCAAAAACAAUAUCACAACUACAAAAAAUAUAAAAAAGUCUAA